AUGGAUUCACAGGGGGGACCAUACCUCAACAAGAGGGCCCUCUGCUCACCUCUGGGUGCGGCCCGCCUCUGCCAGCUAGCUAUGGGUUGUGCUGUGAUUGCAAUGGUAACCCACAGUGCCGGCUUCAGCGGUUCACACGGGGUGUUCUGUAUGGCGGCGUGGUGCUUCUGCUUCGCCAUGUCGGUUGUGGUGUUUUUCCUGGAUGCUACUCGUCUCUACAGUUGCCUGCCCAUAUCCUGGGACAACCUCACGGUCACGUGUGCUGCCUUCGCAACACUCAUGUAUGUGACAGCCUCUGUGGUCUACCCGCUCUUCUUUGUCCAUUCUGAGUGCCCCUACGCAGGCUGUGAUGUCCGAAAUUUCCGCAUCGCAGUGACCGUCUGCUCCAUCCUGGGUGCUCUGGCCUAUGGGGCUGAAGUGGCCUUGUGCCGUGCCAGACCAGGUCGCACCGUGGUGGGCUACAUGGCCACAGCCUCUGGCCUCCUAAAAGUUGUUCAGGGCUUUGUGGCCUUCAUCAUCUUUGGAGCUCUGGCUAACGGGAGCGAGUAUUCCCGUUAUGCUGCCACAAUCUACUGUGUUGUCGUGUAUGCUUUCUGCUUCACUCUGACCACGCUGGUGGUCAUAAUGACGGUGGGUGGACGGACAAAAGCUGUGCGCUGCAUGUCCUUUGACCGCUUCGUGGUGGUGUGCACCCUCCUGGAAGUCCUGCUCUACCUGAGUGCAUCAGUGGUGUGGCCGGUGUUCUGCUUUGACACAAAAUAUGGCUCUCCAUCAAGACCAUCAUCAUGCCCUCUGGGGAAGUGUCCGUGGGACAGCAAGGUGGUGGUGGCAGUAUUCUCCUUCGUCAACCUUGGACUGUAUGUGGCGGACCUAGUCUACUCCCAGAGGAUACGAUUUGUCUCCUCACAAAUGCCCACUAACUCACGAGUGUAG